AUGCCGGGCACCCCGACGAGCACCACCACCUCGCUGAGCGCCCUCUCCACGACGGCCAUAAAGGACGGUCACCGAGGCCACUUCCCCCAGGCCGGCCCCCCGGGCCUCGACCACCGCGGUCACCAUCACAACCCCUCCACCACCAGUCUCGAGGCCGAGCGCGCCGACCGCAUCUCCCGACUCGCCGGGCUCGAACGAGUCUCUACCCUCCGCGCGCCCCCGCAGACCCCGCCCGGCGGCGGUGCAGCCACCAGCAGCGUAGGUGGCGCUGCCGUCUCCUCGCUGUCGCCCCAGACGACGCCCACAUCCACCGGUUUCCCACCCAACUACCCGGGUGCUCAGCACCCCGCGACGCCCGCCUACUUCGACAGCAACGGCCAGCCCGUCGCCGUCACCAAGAUGAGCACCGUCGGCACCGCCAGCGCCACCGCCAGCGCCACCGAGAGCCACACCGGCGAGGAGGUCGACGACGACAGGACCACGGCCGGCGACGUCGACGAGGAUGUGCUCAGCACCGACACCAACUACCGCGACGCCGGCUCCGUCACCAGCACCGGUGCUGACCAGGACGCCAUGAACGAAGACAUGGACCGUAUGGGUCCCGGCGCCGACGACGACCACAUGAGCGACGGCUCCGCCUCCCUGGUCGGUUUCGGCGAGGGCGCCGGUAGCACCGUCUCCGGGCCCAUCUAUCACCGCCGAUCGACGCUGGGAUCUGCCUCGGCCGCACAGCAGAUGUGGGGAGGUCUGGAGAGGACCAACUCUGGUCUGAGCGACACACGUCGCGAGCGUGACCGCGACGCCGGCGGCAGCGACACGCCCAUAAUGUCGGCGGCGGCGGCGGCGGCAGCGAUGCAGGAACGUCGCGACGCCCGCAUGAUGGACGGCGUGUCUGCCGACCAGGCGAGGCCAUACUCGCCGGGGACGCAGCAGGACUCCUUUGUGGACACAACCUCGCGCGGCCCCGUUCCCGUGUCUAGCCCCGGUUCCGUCUCGUAG